GUAUGGAGGGCGGGAAAGCAGUGUGAGAUUCUGGGCCGCGCUGUUAUUACCCGGCUCUGGCACAGUGGCACUAUGUCGUGGAGGUUCAUGAGGGGCUCUUCUUGGAAGUUCUUGCAGUCUCCACAGUAUAACCGGAGUGGCAGCCGUGGGACGUACGCUCCUCCGAACAUAUUUUUCGAUGAAGUACAGGACAAUGUGUCUUCAUUGGAUGAUUCUGCAUCCGGAGAGGAAGAUCUGGAUUCUCUUGUUUUCUUUGGAAUGAUGAGAGGGAAUGUGGUCGGACUACGUUACUAUGCAGGGGUGGUGAACAAUAAUGAGAUGGUGGCGCUACAGCGAGAGCCCAGCAAUCCGUAUGACAGGAACGCGGUAAAAGUGAAUAAUGUCAACGGGGAACAAGUUGGUCAUAUCAGGAAAGAACUUGCUGCAGCCCUGACACCGAUUAUGGACCAGAAGUUAGUUAGAAUUGAAGGUGUCGUUCCAUACGGUGCACAGAAUGUAUUCACUAUGCCAGUAAACCUGAGUUUUUGGGGAAAAGACAGCGACAAGAAGGGUGUAUUAGAUCACAUGAAGGCACAUGGUUAUAAACUUGAUUCAGUUCCCAAAAGUUCUGGGAAACGCUUCCCAUCACUAGAUGCUGGGUCCGGCUCUGGUGCCUCUCCUCCUGUGCAGUUGACACUAGAGCAGUUAAAGUCUGAAUUUGAUAAAUUGUUUGAAGAUUUAAAAGAAGAUGACAAAACGCAAGAAAUGGAGCCUGCAAAGUGCAUACAGACAGUGUUGCUUCCACAUCAGAAGCAGGCUUUGGCUUGGAUGGUUUCACGUGAGAACAACACAGAGCUGCCUCCUUUUUGGGAACAGAGGGGCAACCUUUACUACAACACACUUACAAACUUUGCAGAAAAAGAAAGACCUGAAAGUGUCAGAGGAGGGCUUUUGGCAGAUGACAUGGGCUUGGGGAAAACCCUGUCGGUUAUUGCAUUAAUUCUUACAAACUUUCAUGAUGGACAACCUUUGCCAACUGGGAAAUUCAAAUCAGAAAAACAGAAGACUAAUAAAGCUGGCAAAUCUAGAAAUACAGAGUCACAAGGACAGUGCAGUGAAACACGAGAGAUUGCGAACAGCCAAGAUGCUUCGGCUAAAGUCUCUAAAAGACAGAAAGCCAGAAAAGUUAAGUAUGAUUUCAAUGAUUCUGAGGAAGAAUGGCUUCCAAGAAAAACGAAAUCUUCUCCGGCUUGCAGUCUUGAUGAUGAUCAGUUUGCUAUGGCUCUAUCUGGUGCAUCCUCCGGAGGGAAGAAAAAAUCUAAGGGGAAAAUCAUAGAUAAAACGACAGUGCAGAGUCAUUCCAAAUGUGAUCGUAAACUUCCUAGACCAACACUGAUCAUUUGUCCCCUCUCGGUGAUGAGUAACUGGAUUGACCAGUUUGAGCAGCACGUCCAAGCUGAAGUGGAUUUAAAGAUCUAUGUAUAUUAUGGACCUGAGCGGAGCAAAGAUCCUAAUACCCUUUCUCAGCAGGAUGUUGUGUUGACCUCCUAUAGUACUGUGACCCAUGAUUAUGGGAAUAACAGCCCACUUCAUAAGAUAAAAUGGUUGAGAGUGGUGUUGGAUGAAGGACACACAAUCCGGAACCCGAAUGCGCAGCAGACAAAAGCCGUUCACAGUCUGGAUGCAGUUAGAAGAUGGGUUCUAACAGGUACGCCUAUCCAGAACUCCCUGAAGGAUUUGUGGUCCAUUUUGGCUUUCUUGAAACUGAAACCAUUCAUUGACAGGGACUGGUGGCACCGCACAAUUCAGAGACCAGUCACCAUGGGAGAUCAAGGAGGAUUAAGACGUCUUCAAGCACUUGUUAAAAACGUCACACUACGAAGAACAAAGACCUCCAAAGUCAAAGGGAAACCUGUCCUGGAACUACCAGAGCGCAAAGUUUAUAUCCAGUAUGUCAAACUGUCUACAGAAGAGCGAAAAAUCUACGAAUCUAUGCAAAACGAAGGAAAAGCUAUUAUUGGAAGAUACUUUAAUGAAGGGACUGUCCUGACACACUACGCCGAUGUGCUUGCUGUGCUGGUGCGAUUAAGGCAGCUUUGCUGUCAUCCCCAUCUUGUUUCAAGCAGUUCGUCUUCAGCUUCUCUUGCAGCAAAAACAACCCCAGAAGAGUUACGGGAGAAGCUUAUCAACAAGAUAAAGUUGGUUCUGAACUCUGGGUCGGAUGAGGAAUGUGCUAUUUGUCUGGACUCUCUGAACAUUCCCAUUAUAACCCGUUGUGCUCAUGUCUUUUGUAAACCCUGCAUCUGUCAGGUUAUCCACAGUGAAAAACCGAACGCCAAAUGUCCCCUCUGCAGAAGUGAAAUACAUCUAGAACACCUACUGGAAUGUCCUGAGGAAGAAUUUGACUCUGGUGAGAAAAAAGAUAAGAAGUGGAUGUCAAGUUCAAAGGUAGAUGCUCUUAUGUGUGCGCUGAUAGAGCAGAGAAAUAAAGAUCCACGUGUGAAGAGUAUCAUCGUUUCACAAUUCACUUCAUACUUAUCACUGAUAGAAACAGCUCUUAGAGAGUCUGGCUUCAUCUUUACACGCUUGGAUGGCUCGAUGCCACAGAAAAAGCGAACCGAAGCAAUUCAGUCUUUCCAGAGCACUGCUGAUGACUCUCCAACCAUUAUUUUACUGUCGCUGAAGGCCGGAGGAGUAGGUCUGAACUUGACGGCAGCUUCCCGUGUGUUUUUAAUGGAUCCUGCAUGGAAUCCAGCUGCUGAAGAACAAUGCUUUGAUCGUUGUCACCGUCUUGGACAGACGAAGGACGUGAUUAUUACCAAGUAUGUUGUAAAAGAUUCUGUUGAAGAAAAUAUGCUGAAAAUCCAGAGCAAAAAGCGAGAGCUUGCUGCAGGAGCCUUUGGAACAAAGAAGCCAAGCGCAAGUGACAUAAAAGAAGCCCGGAUUAAAGAAAUAAGGACACUUGUUGAUUUAUAAAGUUUGCUGCACAAUUAUACCACAGAAGUGUUUUAUCCGGAUGUUACUGUAUGAAAAACGCUUGCACAUAGGUCCAGACAAGCAGUCAGUGGACAGACGUGAUCUGCUGGGACUGCGAGAGCAGUAAAGGAGCUUUAAAUGGAGAAAUAAAUGUCCUCACAGCAGAGUUAAUACCAUUCAGAUGAAUGGAAACAUUUAUUGGUUGUUGACAUUUUUGCAACAAAUCUGAUGUACAUGAAUAUGCCAUUAUAGAAAAGACUCCACUGCGAGCUACAGUAUGUCACCAUGUAGCCCCAUAAAGAAACCCCAGUAAUGCCGUCACACUGUAGUGUCCUAUUAAAACUGCAAUACGUGGCUCUUGUGAUUCUGAGCUGCAGUACUCAAUAUCGCCACUGUCUGUAUACAUUGUUACACCGAGCUCAGCCUCACCUCUAUUACCUGCUGCCUUUAGACUGGAUGUGAGUCCUGACUUGUAGCAUGAGCAGCCCUGCAAUGUGUUAUCAGUAUUUUCCUUCAUGUAUACCGGCACAUCUUUUAUAUUGGCAUAUGGCUUUCUGUACAUUUACAAUAACUUUAGUAAAAGUGGUUACUUCAAGCAAAACAUUAGCAAAGGAUGUGUAGACUCA